AUGGCGCUCAUUCCCUCGCAGGUGCUCCGCGUCGCCAUCCUCUUGUCCUACUUGUCCAUCCUGUGCCACUACAGGGCUCUGGACAUGCCGUCGCGCCAGACGUACGGAGGCAGCUGGAAGUUCCUGACCUUCAUCGAUCUGGUGAUUCAGGCGGUGUUCUUCGCCGUCUGCGUGCUGAUCGACGUCUCCAGCCUGCUGACCAAAGGCGGGGCUAACCGAGAACAGGAGAGGCAGCUCCGCAAGCUGAUCGGCCUGAGGGACUGGAUGAUGGCCGUCCUGGCCUUCCCCGUCGGAGCGUUCGUGGUCUUCACCUUCUGGAGUCUCUAUUUAUACGACAGAGAGCUGGUCUACCCCAAAGUGCUGGACAACUUCAUCCCUCAGUGGCUCAACCACGGCAUGCACACCACCGUGCUGCCGUUCAUCCUCAUCGAGAUGCGCACCACCCGCCACCGCUAUCCCGGCCGCCGUCGGGGCCUGGCGGCCGUGUGCAUCUUCGGCGUGGGCUACAUCCUCUGGACUUGCUGGGUGCAGCGGGUAACGGGCGUGUGGGUGUACCCGGUCCUGGAACGCAUCACGGCGCCGGCGCGCCUGCUCUUCUUCUCCGUGCUCACCGCCGUCAUUUGUGUCUUUUACGUGCUGGGAGAAAUACUCAACGGCUACAUCUGGUACCAGCCGCACACAGCAAAGGUCAAAGGUGAGUGA